AUGGAGACAUGGAUUCGAGUUUUGAUCUUAGUAGGAUGUUUGUUUCCUGCAUUUGUCGAAUGCAGGGUUCGCCAUUACAAGUUUAAUGUGGUGAUGAAAAACACUACUCGAUUGUGUGCGACCAAACCCAUAGUCACUGUCAAUGGAAAUUUUCCAGGUCCAACCAUCUACGCAAGGGAAGAUGAUACGGUGCUUGUCAAGGUCGUCAACCACGUAAAAUACAACGUGUCUAUUCAUUGGCACGGCGUAAGGCAACUUCGAACAGGAUGGGCAGAUGGUCCGGCAUACAUCACGCAAUGUCCCAUCCAAUCAGGCCAAAGCUAUGUCUACAACUUCACCCUCACGGGCCAAAGGGGCACACUACUUUGGCACGCUCAUGUUCUAUGGUUGAGGUCCACCGUCCACGGUGCAUUAGUCAUCUUGCCUAAGCUUGGUGUCCCAUAUCCUUUCCCGAAACCUGAUCACGAACGUGUGGUUAUCUUAGCUGAAUGGUGGAAAUCGGAUACUGAAGCCGUGAUAAAUGAGGCCAUGAAGUCCGGUUUGGCGCCAAAUGUGUCUGAUGCUCACACAAUCAAUGGCUUUCCAGGACUAGUUCCAAAUUGUUCAUCUACAAAGGGCUACACAUUGAAUGUUGAACCGGGGAAAACCUACAUGCUAAGAGUAAUCAAUGCUGCACUCAAUGAAGAACUCUUCUUCAAAAUUGCAGGACACAAAAUGACAGUAGUAGAAGUUGAUGCUACAUAUGUUAAACCUUUCAAAACCAACACGAUUCUGGUCGCUCCUGGCCAAACCACCAAUGUCAUCCUGGCGGCAGACAAGGGCUCGGGGAGGUACCUGGUGGCAGCCGCCACUUUCAUGGACACUCCGGUGGUAGCUAUCGACAAUCUUACAGCAACUGCCACGCUACACUAUACCGGAACACUUUCUAGUACCCCAACAAUGUUAACUAGUCCUCCACCUCAAAAUGCCACCCCAGUAGCCGACAAUUUCACAAACUCUCUCAAAAGCUUAAAUUCAAAAAAAUAUCCUGCCAAAGUGCCAGUAACAGUCGAUCAUUCUCUGUUAUUCACAGUCGGGCUCGCAGUUAAUCCAUGUCCCACGUGCAAAGCUGGGAAUGGAAGCCGUGUUGUGGCUGGUAUAAACAAUAUCACAUUUGUUAUGCCAACCGUUGCUCUUUUGCAAGCACAUUACUUCAAGAUUAAAGGAGUUUUCACCACUGAUUUCCCCGGGAAUCCUCCAUUUACCUUUAAUUAUACCGGUAAUCCUCCUGCAAAUUUACAGGCUACUAAUGGGACCAAGCUGUAUAAGCUACCUUACAAUGCAACAGUUCAAGUGGUCUUGCAAGAUACUGGUAUAAUUGCCCCUGAGAACCAUCCUAUUCAUCUACAUGGCUUCAAUUUCUUUGCUGUUGGUAGGGGCCUAGGAAAUUUCAAUCCGAAAACUGAUCCUAAGAAAUUCAAUCUUGUCGACCCUGUCGAAAGAAACACCAUUGGAGUACCAUCUGGUGGAUGGGUUGCUAUAAGAUUCCGUGCCGAUAAUCCUGGGGUAUGGUUUAUGCAUUGCCAUUUGGAAGUGCACACAACAUGGGGACUAAAAAUGGCUUUCUUGGUGGACAAUGGAAAGAGCCCUAAUGAAUCUAUUCUGCCACCUCCUAAAGAUCUUCCAAAAUGUUAA